GCUCCCUCCAGUCUGCUACGCAAAGCAGCGGCUCGGGCACAACUCUAACCGCGUUUCUAUACACAGGCUCGUCUGCGUGAGCCGGAGACGGAGUCGAGUUAUCCACUUUGAAUAAACAAGGACUCCGUUCCUCCUCCUCCUCCCCCCACUAUGCUGGUGUCUGCUUUCAAAUGAAUCAGUGAUGAGAGUGGCCGAGAAGAGAGACGGACGUUUUUCUUCUAUGUGGACCGGCAGUGCGCAAAAGUGCGCUCCGCGGCUCAGCAUCCUCCGCUCCUGAGAUCAACCCAAACCCAAGAGGCGCGCUGAGAUCCUCACCGAACUCCCCCUCCGCUCGAGAUGUGCUGUGGACUGCCGAUGAAUUCUCCUCCUCCUCCAGGUCAAAUUCAAUGGCAGACAAAGACUGCUCUUCCCACUGCUCUUGUUACCACUGAGCUCAGAAAGACAGAUCUUGUCCGCAGCUAAACCACUCUCAUUUUCUUGCUUCUGUCUCUUGGCCAAUCUCCACUCUUCAGCCCAUCACCAUGGCUUGUUUCCUGGCAUCCGCCUUUCUUCUGGUUCUCCAGACAUAUGCUGCCCCUCCUGAGCUUGACCAGGCAGGAUUUGGCAUAACACUGGAUUCCAUGGACCUUGAUCCUGGACUACCAGCCAAUGCCUCUGAAGAUGUGCCCUCAUCUCCACCCCCAGGCACUAGUAAAAGAGCCCCGCACAGUAUCAUUAUUGGGGUACGCAAGGGGGGCACGAGAGCACUGCUAGAGAUGCUAGACAUACACCCUGAGGUUGCUGCCGCUGCCACCGAGGUGCACUUCUUUGACUGGGACGAGAACUAUGCCAAGGGCUUUGAGUGGUACCGUGAGUUGAUGCCCUACUCUUACCCACACCAGAUCACAGUGGAGAAAACUCCAGGUUACUUUACGUCAGCCCUCGCACCAGAACGCAUCUGCGCCAUGAACUCGUCCAUAAAGCUGUUACUGAUCUUGCGAGACCCGGCCGAGCGGGUCAUUUCCGACUAUACCCAGGUGUACUUCAACCGGCUGGAGAACCACAAGCCGGUGCAAGCCAUUGAGAACCUGCUAGUGCGCAAUGGAGCCCUGAAUAUCCGGUACAAGGCUAUCCAGAGGAGCCUGUAUGACAUCCACAUGCGCAAUUGGCUGCGCUACUUCCCCCUGGAACAAAUACACAUUGUUGAUGGAGAUGCUCUCAUUCGCGACCCCUUGCCAGAGCUACAGAAGGUGGAGCGCUUCCUCAACUUGCCCCCAAGGAUAGUUUCCACCAACUUCUACUUCAACCAGACCAAGGGGUUCUACUGUAUCCGAAGUGAUGGUCGAGAACGGUGUCUGCAUGAGUCUAAGGGACGUCCUCACCCAGCUGUGAACAGCACCGUCCUGCAGCAGCUCCGCUCUUACCUGCAGGAACACAACCGAACCUUCUUCAGGCUGGUGAAGCGCACCUUCGACUGGCAAUAAGAAACCCAGAUCAUAAAUUGGACUCAUGAGAGCCAAAACUUUGUCUGUGAUGAGAACAAAAAAAGGGGCAAAAGCACUUUACAGAACUGACAUUUCAACCCCCCUUUGAAUAGCCUCUUAAUAACUACUGUUGUGAUCUCUGUUU